AUGCGGACCAACAAGGCCUCAUCUCCCAGGAAUCAGCAACUCACGGUAGUGGUUCGUAUCCGGCCCCUCUUCCCACAUGAACUUGAGAAAGGAGCUUCCAAAAUCGUCAGGAAGGUCGACGAAAAGAUGGUGGUGCUGUCGGACCCCUCUGCCGGCGACCCUGUCGACAUUCUUCGUGCCAAAAGGGCCCACGACAGGAAAUAUGUCUUUGACUGGGCCUUUGACGAACAUUCCUCACAGGAGGAAGUGUAUGAGAAGACGACAAAAUCCCUGGUGGAAAAUGUUGUCGACGGAUACAACGGGACCGUGUUCGCUUACGGAGCAACAGGUUCGGGCAAAACCUAUACGAUGGUGGGAGAUCAGAGAAACCCAGGAAUCAUGGUCCGGGCUCUUAAUGACCUUUUUUCGGAAGUGGAGACUAAAAACAAAGUGUACCAGGUCACUAUGUCCUAUCUCGAAAUCUAUAACGAAAACAUUCGAGAUCUCUUGAAUCCUUCAGCUGCUCAACUGGAGUUGAGGGAAGAUGCUGGGGGCAAUCACCAGGUGGCCGGACUGUCUGAAGUUGAAAUCGCCUCAUCCGAACAGGUGAUGUCCUUGUUGAUGCGUGGCAACACGCGGCGCAGCCAAGAAUCGACGGGCGCUAAUGCCGUCUCCUCCCGCUCUCACGCGGUAUUGACGGUGCGGGUGAGGCGGCGCAGCGAGGCUCGGGAUCGGGCGCAGACGGUUCGGACGGGCAGUCUUUACAUGAUCGACUUGGCCGGCUCAGAGCGGGCAGCUCACACACAGAAUACGGGGAAGAGAUUGUUGGAAGGUGCUCAUAUUAACAAGAGUCUGCUGGCCCUUGGAAAUUGCAUCAACGCUCUUGCUGAGCGCAGUUCACGGUAUGUAAACUUCCGAGACAGCAAGUUGACUCGGUUGCUCAAGGAACCCCUAUCGGGGAAUUGCCGAACGGUGAUGGUGGGACACCUCAGCCCAGCCCAUCCCCACUUCGAAGAAUCCCGAAACACUCUCCUCUAUGCUGACAGAGCCAAGAACAUCACCACCAAGCUCCGCAGCAACGUUUCGGAGGCUCAGUACCAUGUGGCUCAGUACCAAAGCAUCAUAGAUGAGCUACGGCAGGAAAUAGUCGGCUUGCGACGCAGAAUCCGACAGUCGGGGGAGGAGGACUCGCAAACAGACGAUAAAAAAUUAACCACCGAAGAAAUGAAGCUGUUAAAGAAGCAACUCAUUGAAGCCUUCAACGCCCAAAUGGACGUCAGGCGGCGUUUGAUGGAUAUCGACACCCAUUUGCUGAGACAGAGGGUAGAUUUUAACCAACUAGGCAUGGUCAUCGGAGAAUACAUCGACUUACGCGAAUCGUGCCAAUCCGAGUACUCCUCCUGCAAAGCCAAGACACUUGGAGUAACAGAGUCACUGGCACAGAAAGCCAGCUCUCGGGAGCAGAGGGAAUUGCUACACCUCCUGGCCAGGGUCUAUGAGCUAGAAAUCGAGAAGCUGGAACUGCAAUCUUCGCAGCUGAGCCGUGAGCACGAACUGCGCUGUCGAGAUCUGGCCAUCCUGCGGUACGACCGACAGAGACAACUCUGCGAGGAGAUUAUCACCAGGCAGAGAAGACUCAUUGAUGCGCUGGUGACUAAUGACGAAUCCCAUGGCUCUGAUGCGAGGACUGAACUGAAUGAGCUCUACCGAAUUUACCAGCAAGAAGUCCAAGACCUGAACAAUGGAAGAAAUUCUGACCUCGGUCCCUUUGGACUCUGUUAUCGGCCUCCAUCGACCGGUGUCCUGCGACCUCUUGGCAACAGCGGGAGUAUGCUCGAGCUCCACCAAUUAGAUUUGAAUGGAAAUGCCUCGGCUGCCAAAACUCAGAACCCACUCCCGCCCAUUUCUAAUAUCGGGGAAGGAGCGGAACAAGAAAGGAAGCCCCUGUUCGAACGAAGACGGGAACCUUUCCGACCCUCAUCUGACGAUGCCUCUCUGCCUCCUCUAGGACACCUCACCUCAUCGAAUUCUUCCAGAUCUUCCAAUGACGCUAGGUUGAAACUACGCUAUUACCUACAGUUUAUGGCUGUUGCAUUAUAA